CAACUGCCCCCGGCCUGAAAUGGAGGACGCGACCCCUGAAAGCGGCGGCGAUGGCGGCGGCCGCAAUGCGGCGGCGGCGGCGGAAGAUGAGACAGCCGUCGCGGGCGAAGGAAGCGGCGAUGGCGGCGGCCGCAGUGCGGCGGCGGCGGCGGAAGAUGCGACAGCCGUCGCGGGCGAAGGAAGCGGCGAUGGCGGCGGCCGCAGUGCGGCGACGGUGGCGGAAGAUGCGACAGCCGUCGCUGGCGAAGGACGAAGCGGCGAUGGCGGCGGCCGCAGUGCAUGCGGUAAAGUGCUGUCGCACGCCGCCGAAUUUCCAAGGCGCUGCGCUGCGCAGCAGCGGGAGCGCCUUCGCACGUCGCACGCCACCGUCGGGCUGCUGUUUCUGGUCGGAGGCCUUCUGAUUGGGGCCAUGGCUGCAGGCUUUGGGAUAGCGAGUGAGCAUGUGGAGGAGGCACGGCGAGAGUGGUUCGAUGCCGCGCCGUGGGCGGCGUGGCUCGUCAUCCCUUUCGGGCUCACGUUCACCGUGCUGCUCACACGCACGUGCUUCGACGGCACGGCAGGGAGCGGCAUCCCGCUCGAGAUGACGGCCUUCAUCCUCGCCGACGGAGACCCGAAUCUGGCGCGCAUCUUUUCGGCGCGGAUCAUGGUGGGCAAGGUGGCGCUAACCCUCCUCGGGCAGCUCUGCGGCGCCUCGAGCGGCCGCGAGGGGCCCACGGUGCAGGUCGCCUCCUCCCUCCUCGUCCUCGUGCUGCGUUGCGGCGAGCGGCUGCUGCCGUCCGUCCGCAGGCUGCUCGACGCGCCUCCGCGGCACGGCAGCGGGACGAUGAGAGGCGUCUACCUGCGCGACGCGGCGCUCAUCGGCGGCGCGGCGGGCGUCUCUGGCGCCUUCAACACGCCGCUCGGCGGCAUCAUCUUCGCCAUUGAAGAGAUGGGGGGUCGCUUCACCAAGACGCUCGGCCAGAUGAUGGUCGUGGCAGUAGCCGUCUCGGGUGCGGCCGCCAUCGUGCUCGGAGGGUACCACGCCACCUUCGAGGGAUACGACGGCGCCGCCUUCGAAGACGACAUGCUCCACAUGCUUUGGGUGACCCCCGUCGUGUCGCUCUUCGCGGGGCUCCUCGGCGGCGUGUGGUCUCUCCUCCUCCUCUACGGCGUGCACAUCAAGCUCCUGCUGCGCGGCUCCGUCAGCGCAACCUAUGUGUGCUACCUAAUGUUGUGCCCCAACUCUGCGCUGUGUCCCACGGCGAAGGCGCUCGUGGCGACGGACGACACGCUGGGUCCCGUCCCGCCGGUGCACUACUUCGCGGUCAAGGGCGUCGCCACGCUGCUCACCUACUGGAGCGGCGUGCCCGGGGGCAUCUUUGCGCCCACAAUCUCCGUCGGCACCGGCAUCGGGCACUGGUUCCACGACAAGGUCAUCCUCCAGAUUGACAGCGAGAUCCCGCGCCAGCCGACCUGCCUCCUCGCCGCCACCGCCUACUUCGCGGGCGUCACUCAGUCCCCCAUCUCGGCCUUUGCCGUGAUGCUCGGCAUGCUCGACUACCACGGCGGCCUCGUGCCGGCGAUGCUGGUCAGCGCAGUCCUCGGCUGGCUCUCCGCCCAGCUGCUGGCGCCCCGCCCUCUCUACCCGGCGCUGUCCGACGCGCGCAUCCCGCCCCUCCCGCCCGAGUCGUGCCAGAGGGAGCUGCGGGCCUUGCCACCUCCGGUCUACGUCUCCAAGACGGACACGGCGCGCCACGCGGACUUUGUCGAGGCGAGCAAAACAAUCGCAGUGUCUUGA